ACUAGCAAAGCCUCGGUAGUCCAUCCUGCGAGGCUUAAUUGCUCGUUAGCGCACAUUUAUUGAUUUAUUGGCGACCUGAUGGAUGAACAACAAGAUUUCGGCUGUCCGAGCCUUCUCUGUGAGGAGCUUGAAACAGAAGACAGCCAGGACAGGAGGAGUGAGGAAGGUGAAGAGGCUGCGGCGCAAGGAGAGAAGGAAGACAAGGAGAGAGAAGAGGAGCAAAGAGCGCAGCAGGAAGAUGAGAGGCCUAAAGGCAGCCAGGUGGAGGAUGCCAAGAUGGCCGACAAAACAGACCUGGAGUGCAGUAAGCCAGAGGGGCAAGAAGAUGGGGGCCCUGAGGAGAAAACCGAGCAGAAGAAGAGUAGAAGGACGCGAGGGAAGAAAUCAAGCGAGCGAAUGAGGAACAGGAAGCUCCGUAAGGACGCCACUGAGGAGGAUGAGGAGGAGAAAAAACAGGAAGUGGUGCGGAUGAGCUGGGAGGAGAGCUCGGCUCUGACGGAGCCACCUGUCGGACUGAUGAGCACCUGUGACCUUGCUGAGCCCCUCUACCUGGGCUGCGGUGGCUCAGGUCUGUACUGCCCCCCGGUUCAGGUCCCCAUGCUGUACUCUUCACAGAACCCUGUCCCCAUACAACCCCCUCCGCCCGCUCAACACGGGACCAAGAGGCCCCCCAGCCCCUUUUUAACACACACUGCGUCUCAGCAGGACCUGGAACCACUGGAGAUGGAGAUCACCCAGGUCACCACCCGCCGCUCCAUCCGCUACAGCGCCCGGGGUCGAGGCCGCACGCUCAGCUUCCCUGUGCUGGAGAGCGUGGACUCCCACCUCCUGCCGCCGGCGCCCAAGAAGAAGACACGGACACUGUACAACACGGAUCAGCUGGAGCACUUGGAGGCCUUGUUUCAGGAGGACCACUAUCCCGAUGCGGAGAAGAGGAAAGUCAUCGCUGCGUCGGUCGGCGUCACGCCUCAGAGGAUUAUGGUCUGGUUUCAGAACCGCAGAGCCAAGUGGAGGAAGGUGGAGCGCUUGGUGGCGGGCAAAGUUGAGCAACAGCAGAGCAGGGUUGGGUGGAGCCCCAUCCGCUCCCACCUUCAUCCCUUGUUGCCUAGCAUGGCGGCCAACAGCAAGGUAGAGCCCGCCUUCUCCGGUCGCUUUGGCGCCAAGAUGCCGCCGGCGGAGCCUGCAGCGCAGCCCUUCUCCACCCUAUCCACACACACCGUGCCCUCCUACAGCACCCUGCUGGCCACCAUCAGCAGCCCAGGUCAGCCCAGAGUGAGAGACGGGGCCCAUCACCAGCCUGAGUUCCACCCCCGCCCCAUGCACAGCCCUCCCCCACUGAGGAGAGCCAGCCUCCCCCUCCUCUCUGCCGCCACCACCUACAGCCCCAUCAACACGCCGGCACACACCCCACCUCUCUUUGUGGACGGUAUGGAGGGCGGAGCCUCCUUGGCCCACCGUGACUGCCACGCUCUGCAGACGGACGGCAGUUCUCUGUUUGACUUUGGGGACAAGCUGGACUUCCUCCUGCCGAGCCAGCAGAACAACUCUCUAUCCUUCCAACUACAGACCACCUACCCCCUCAGCCAGGCCCCGCAGCAGCACCAAGCCCAGACGUCUUUGCCCGGCUUGGCCUUCCUUACCCCCUCCCCUUACCUCACCCCCAAUCCUCCCGAUUCUACCUCCACAUCCUACAUUGCUUUCGGCCCCACAGGGAGCUCCACAUGUGGGAUUACCUACACUACUGGGGGCCACACUUAUGUGCAGUCCCAAAAUGGGGGCCAGAUUCUCCUUCAGGCCACUGGCCAACACGGUGGCAUGGCGGCCUACAAGUCCUACCCAUGGGCUAAUGUGUACGCCCAGCCAAUGGCGCACCAGUGCAGCCAGCGCCCUCUGACCUACCCCGCCAGCUUUGCGGCGGCGGCGGCGGCCCGUGACCUCCAAGCACCGUCUUCCUCUGCAAACCUGCCCAUGUGCUUCCAACGCGCAGACCCUUUGCCCUCGCACGCCCUGACCCACGUCGGAGGCGGUGCAACCGUCCUCCCACCUGUGUCCACCCUGCAGCCUUCCCACCUCAGAGCAGAGAGCGCUGCGACUAAGGUGGCGCCCUUGCAGGCCAGUCCGUGCAGCCCUCUGGUGCCCUCUGGUGUAAAGAUGGAAUAUGACAGCCCACGAGAGGUUCACAGCCACUUCCACUGUGACUUCUCCCCUAUACACUUUUGACUGUGUGUGUGUCUGUGUGGCUUGCUAUAAUAGUAGAUAUUAUAUCUUAUGAGUGUUUUUGUUUGGCUACAUCUAGAAAGGCUGCAAUAAAUGCAUCUUCUAUUCCUAUCAGCGUUUAUCAGGUGCUUCAGGAGGUUGCGGGCUGGUUCCCUUAGAAUUCUCCAAUAGUCUGGAUUGUUGUGGAUGGUUCCAUACUGUCUUCUUGCUGCUAGAGGGUGCUAUUUGUUUGCUCAGUGACAGUUUGACAUGAGCUGUGGUGGAAGAUGAUGA